GCUCUUCACCUGGCGGGCUUGGCGGGGGGUUUCGAAGCUGUCUGGCUGAGGCGGUCCACUUUCUCCCACACUCGGUAGCUGUGGCAUCCACACCUGUAUUGAUCUACACACCUUACCUUGGAUCCCACCGCCGCCAGGUGCGGUGCACGCAAUGCUUACAACGACGUACAUACCUGAAGUGACAGCCUGCUAGCAGCCUCUUGAGAGAUUCCCGACUGCGAACUCGCACUACUUACCAUCCUUUAUACAAUGAACGGCAUGCUGGCAGGGCCUCUGUCGCUUGAUUCAGUGGACUACAACCCCAUCGCGCAUCUCAAUCUCCUCUUCUCGCACCCGUCGACCGUGUCGUCAGUUGGGCGUGUCUCGUCGACUUUGCAGCGCCACAAACAUGAGCUCACACAAUCCAUUGCGUCCCUCGAGACGGCGCAGGCCUACGGGCCCGACUCGUCGCUCGAGCGCAUGCAGUCGGCCCAGGCCGAGCUGGCCACGCUGUUCCAGCGCAUCGAGAGCGUCCGCCACCGCGCCCUGCAGACGGAGCGAGACAUUACAACCAUGACGGCGGACAUCAAGCGCCUCGACGGCACCAAGCGCAACCUGACCCACAGCAUGACGGCCCUCAAGCGCCUGCAGAUGCUGACGACGGCCUACGAGCAGCUCCGCGGCCUGGCCCGCACUAGGCAGUACCGCGAGUGCGCCGGCCUGCUGCAGGCCGUCAUACAGCUCAUGCGCCACUUCAACAGCUACCGCAGCAUCGAGCAGAUCGCCGUGCUUAGCCGCAACGUCAGCGACCUGCAGCGCGAGCUCCUCGAGCAGGUCUGCGAGGACUUUGAGCUGGCCUUUGCCCGCGGCGACGUCGCUGCCCGCCGCGGCGUCCUCGUCGAGGCCUGCCUCGUCAUGGAUGCCCUGGGCGACCACGCCAAGACGCGCCUCGUGACGUGGUACGUCAACACGGAGCUGCGCGAGUACCGCCAGGUCUUCCGGGGCAACGACGAGGCCGGCAGCCUCGACAACAUCGGCCGCCGCUACGCCUGGUUCAAGCGCACGCUCAAGACGCACGAGGAGGAGCACGCCGCCAUAUUCCCGCCCCACUGGCGUGUCAACGAGAUGCUCGCCGUCGCCUUUUGCGACGGCACCCGUGACGACUUCAAAACCAUACUAGAAAAGAGCAUGCGCAGGGCCGAUGGGCACAAGAUGGACGUCAACCUGCUGCUGAGCUGCCUGCAGGAGACGAUGGACUUUGAGCAGAGCCUCGAGAGGCGCUUUGCGAGCGAGCCCCGAGCCAGCAUUGACACGCUCAGCUCCGCUGACGACCGGACCCAGAGCUUCAACGGGUCCAUAUCUGUAGCAUUUGAGCCGUAUCUGAGCCUAUGGGUCGACUCGCAGGACAAAGCACUGGCAUCCAUGAUCCCGCGGUACAAGUCGCAGCCGCUCUUGCCGGCCGACGAGGAGUUCUCCCCGCAGUCGGUCAUCCCGUCGGCCAUCGAGCUCUUCCACUUCUACAAGCUUACACUCUCGCAAUGCGCCAAGCUGUCCACGGGCGAGCGGCUUCUCGACUUGGCCAAGAUCCUGGCCAAGUACCUCGACGAAUACGCCCAGCAAGUCCUCCUGACCUUUCUACAGCGUGGUGGCCAGCAAGGCCGGCCGCUCCAGGACAUCGUUCUUGUUCUCAGCACGGCCGACUUUUGGCAUACCAACACAAACCAGCUCGAAGAAAACAUCAAGAAGCGGAUCGACGCCGACAUGGCGUCGCGAGUGGACCUUUCGUCACAGUCUGACACGUUCAUGGGCGUGGCCAGUGCCGCCGUGCUGGCCAUGGUCCACAAGGUCGACUUGGAAUGUGACGGGGCGUGGCGCGAGAUGAAGAACACUAACUGGAGCCGCAUGGAGAGCGUGAGCGACCACAGCUCGUACGUGACGGAGCUCCUCAAGCACGUCAAUGGCAAGGCCCAGGAGAUCCUGCCGCUCGUCGUCAAGCAGCAAUACGCCCGGGCCUUUUGCGACAACCUCGUCGAGCACAUGGCGACAGCGUACAUUGGCAACAUUGUGCAGUGCCGGCCUGUUUGCGAGGUUGGUGCGGAGCAGAUGCUUUUAGACAAGUACGUCCUCACAAAGGCAUUUGAAAACCUCUUGUCGUUCCACCACUUGCCGGGCGCGACUCCGCAGCCCAACGCAGCGCCAUCAGCAAACUUUGUCAAGCGCGUCAACCAGAGCAUGACACGCAUUGACCCACUGCUCAAGACGCUGCAGGUGCGGCCAUCGCCACCCGAAGGGCUGGUGCAGGCGUACCUAAUCCACAUUGGUGACCGGUCCGACACAAACUUCCGCAAGAUCCUCGAGCUCAAGGGCGUGCGCAAGCAGGACCACGCCCACCUCAUCGAGCUGUUUGCCAUCCACCGCGACGGCGCGGGCCCCGGCAAGCAGCUGGUCCAGAACUCGCCGCUCCUGACGCCGCUCAUGGCCUCGAGCGGCCUCGGCAGUUCGGGCCUCGGCGGCGCCAUAGGCUCCAUGGCCGCCAACCCCGCCGCCGCCCUGACUGCCGCUGCUACUGGGGCUGGCGGCCUGCAGACGCGCUUCGACGCGGCCUCGCUCGGCGAGAAGCUGUUCAACGCCGCGCGCGACGGCGUCGAGCGCAUGGGCACGGCGCCAACCGGCGCAAGCGGCGGAACUGGCGUCGGUGGGCUAGGCGGUGUCCUCGGUGCGCCGGGCGAAAAGGCUACUAUCAAUGAGAACUUGAAAAACAUUGGCAAGUUCUUCCGCAGAGACAUUGGAGGGCUGGGCGCCCGGUUCGGGAAACGCGAUGUCACGCCCACUGGCGGUGGCGGGAGCGUGGAUGGGUUAUGAUACAUAACGAUUGGGGUUGCUUUGUUUACUUGUACAUACAUACAUUGAUAAGGGGGCGUGUUUCUCAACCCAUAUCCAUAGCAUGGGAGUUUCUUGGAUUCUGUCUUGUUGGAGGGGUGUUCUCCUGGAAGAUUACGGUACAACGGUGGUCCAUUAGAAUAUGUGCGUUAAGCUGCUAGCGAGCUAGAACUGAGAUGGGAAUUGCUAUAACAUCCAAAGCAUUUACGAGGUACCUAAGCGAUCAAGUGCGUGU